AUGUUGAAAACACUACUAGGGUUUUUUGGUAUUAAGGAAGAAGCCACGGAGAUUAACCUAGAGCUACCGGAACAUGUUACCACCAAAGAGCGAAACCGUCAUUGUUUCCUCGAGUCAGAGACAACCAGAGAACGCAUUAGUCUCAAAGCCUUUCCAGUCAAAUCAUCGUGUUCCUUGUCCGUAAACUAUCAGAAAAACCGAAGGUUUCAUAGCGGAGAUCUCGCCGGACACAUGUUCCAGUUACCACCACUUCGAUAUCCCGAGCGUAAGUUUCAAGUACUCUACCGCGAAAUCCCGACACCGCUGUUUCUUGUCACCGAAGAAAUCCUCCGUGAUUACCUCACAAUGGUCUUGUGGGAGACGUGUCUCUCAAGCUCCAUUCAGAAACGUCUUGUGGAUUAUAUCUCAAAAUUAGAAGCCAUUAGAACAAGGAGUUAUCGAAGAGGUUUCGCGAUCGAAGUAGAUAUCAAAGUCGAAGCGGAUUAUUUGGUGGACAUUGGAUGUGGCUGCAAGGGAGGAGAAGCUUGUCCCUGGCGAGUGGCCUCGGAUGGACUCGUGGCGGCACGAGUGGCCGGUAUUGAUUGUCCGAUAUGCCUGACGGGAUUAUCGGGUGAGGUGUGUCGCAUGGAGUUACGGUGUACACAUGUUUUCCACAAAAGAUGUGUGAUGAAGUGGCUCAAGAAGAAUUCAUCUUGCCCUAUUUGUCGUGCGGAAGCCAUUGGCGAAAUAGCAUCUAUCUAUUAG